AGAUGGUCGCUAGGGGGCAGUGCUUUUAGUUGCUAUGGUUUUAUCUCCGAGACAACUUCCGGGUUCAACGGUCACAGAUGCGGAAGUGAACUAAAACAAAUUGGCUUUUGUUGUGAUCCCGCAUAGAAGUAAAAGAGCAGAAUGGCGGACGAGGAGGACGAGACUGGUUACGACGAGGAAUUGGAUGACGGCUCCGGCGGUGUGGACGUGGGCCACGGCAAGAGGAAGAGGCUCUUCUCCAAGGAGCUCCGGUGCAUGAUGUACGGCUUCGGAGACGACCAGAACCCGUACACGGAGUCCGUGGACAUUCUGGAGGACCUGGUGAUCGAGUUCAUCACGGAAAUGACCCACAAAGCGAUGUCCAUCGGCCGCCAGGGCCGCGUCCAGGUGGAGGACAUCGUUUUCCUCAUUCGCAAAGACCCGAGGAAGUUUGCCAGAGUCAAAGACCUGCUGACCAUGAACGAGGAGCUGAAGAGAGCCCGAAAAGCCUUCGACGAAGCGAAUUAUGGCUCUUAAACUCAGCCUGGGACACCUUUUUUUUUUUGUCAUACAUCUACUUUUACGGUUUAUUUCUUUUAAUGUGUUGUGUCAAGGUGGGUUCACACUUAACCAAACUUUGUAGAUAAAUCCAAACAAUGUCAAAGUGUUGUUCAGAUACGUCUGGUUCAGUUUGAAAUAAAGUAACAUGCAUGUUGUUUUAAUACA